AUGGCUGCUACCACUAACCGAGAAGAAUCAUCGUCAAUUGUUACACAUGAGCAAAAGUCUCUGUUAUUGAAACAUGUCGAUAUAUUCAAGCACUUAAGUGAAGUUGAACGUGAUAUGAUUGCAGCGAGAUUUAAAUCAAUUAUUAUUGAUAAAGAUGAAGUUAUUUUCGAAAAUGAUGAUAAUGUGAAUCACUUUUUCGUCAUUUCGAAAGGCAACGUACUUGCUUCGAAGCAAUGUGGUACAUCACGGGUAGAAACGAAAGAACUCAGUCGUGGAAAUUAUUUUGGAGGUCCACCGGUGUAUUAUAGUACAAAGGCUCAAGGAACAAUUCGAGCCACAACAACUACUAUUUGUCUCCAUAUGGAUAAAAAAACAUUUAAUGAAACGAUCUUGCCAGUGUUAAAAGCAGCCGAAGCCAUUAGUUUAGCUUAUCACGAGUUCAUUAGUUCCAUAUAA